AUGACGGAAGCUUCGUUGGUCUUUCUGGGCUGCUGGGAUGCCGUACAGCCAGGAUUUACGCCAGCGGAAAUGAUGAAGCCAGAAUGCAUAAAGAUGGACAUCAAAGCACGUGCGUAUAUUUUCCGGCAUGUACGCCGCCAAUACCUUGGGGAUAUCAGAACCCUGAAAACAGCAAGAGAGUGCUGGAAGGCAUUAGACGAUAUCCACGGGAGAUCCACGUCGAUGGACAUUGUAUUAUGCAUGCGAGAACUAGGAACAAUGGAGAAGACCCCUAGCAUGGAUGUGUCCGAGUGGAAACAGAUUAUGGAUAAAUCAAAGAAUUUACUUGAAUACGAAAGAGAACAAAUUGUACGGUUGCGAAAGCAAAGUGAAACCUUCACGGAAAUGGCAAAUAUAGCGAACAGAACUGUUAGAAGAAGAUUAGAAGACUUUAACUUAAGAGGACGAAAACCCCAAAAGAAGCCACUGCUGAGUUCUAGGAAUCGAAAAAGACGACUUACCUUUGCUACAGCUCAUAAGCAUUGGACAAGUGAUGAUUGGCAGAAGGUAUUGUUUUCAGACGAAUCGAAAUUCAAUCCUUCUGACGGGAUACGGUAUAUUAGACGUCGAAUUGACGGAAAUUUGAAAUUUGGCGUUUUAAACACUCUUAAACGUGGUGGCGGGAACGUUGUGGUGUGGGCGUGUUUUUCUCGAGGCGGCCCUGGUCCGAUAUGUCGUAUUGAUGGAAUUAAAACAAUACUCUACGAGGAGAACUUAAAUGGACAGACUGUAGACAUUAGGUGGAGAUACAACAUGGCCCUCUCCCAAAAUGACACAGAAUACAAUCACAGAAAAAACAUAAAAAAAUAUUGCUGGAUACCGGAACCAUAA